CCGUUCGGGUUGAACAUACAGCUUCCUAUUGUAGCUAGUCUGUUGUGCUUCUGAGAGUUCAGCUGGGAAUUGCUACAAACCGGCAUCAGUGUGCUUCGCUGUACUACUGCAGCGUCCUUCAAACAUAUAGUCUCCGAGCGAGGCCUGUCCAUGAGGUUGGGACUACUAAUCCCGAAGCACAAGCGAAACACCAGGUUUCCAAUAUAGCCGCACCCAAGUCGAACGAGCACUUGGCAAAGUAAUUGAUGAUAACCGGAGAGAAAGCGAGAGACCGAGUUUAAUCGAGGUUAUCCCAAAACAGAGUAACUUGUUGGUUAGAAAGCAUCUUCGGGAAAUGGCUUUAAGGCACGCAUUCGGAACAGAAAGGCUGGAAGAGGCGAGUCUCUUCCCUUGCAGUGAAAGCUGCCCGGCCUUGCUUUUCAGCAGAGCCACCGAGAGGCGGACUCGGGCCUUGCCGCCUUCCUUUCAUAGUUUCUGGCGAUGCGGCUCCUCCUCCUGAUCUGAUUUCCGUAGAGCUGUACGGUAGUGGCUGCUGCUGACAAGAGUCCGCUGGAAAUCGAGAAGUCUUGCUGUAUUCCAAACUUUUAGGAAGAGAAUGACUCAUUGGUUUCAUCGAAACCCUUUAAAGGCUACAGCUCCUGUCUCAUUCAAUUACUAUGGAGUAGCCACAACUCCAGCUGCGACAAAAAUCUGCAAUGAUUUAAGGUUAUCAAGAGCACGACUCCUGGAACUUUUUACUGAUUUAAGUUGUAAUCCAGAUAUGAUGAAAAAUGCAACUGAUUCCUAUUUUUCACUCUUGGAAGGCUUUAUAGUUGCUCUGGAUAACUCUUCACAGGAUAGCAAACUGAGAUACAUUCAGAAUUUUAAAUGGACAGACACGUUGCAAGGACAAAUACCAAGUGCCCAGCAAGAUGCUGUGUUUGAAUUAGUUUCUAUGGGAUUUAAUGUAGCCUUGUGGUACACUAAAUAUGCAUCAAGAUUAGCUGGGAAAGAAGACGUAACAGAAGAUGAAGCAAAAGAUGUCCAUCGCAGUAUGAAAAUAGCAGCUGGGAUUUUCAAACAUUUAAAGGAAAGCCAUAUCCCUAAAUUGAUCACUCCUGUAGAAAAGGGAAGGGAUUUAGAAGCUCGACUAAUAGAUUCUUAUAUUAUCCAAUGUCAAGCUGAAGCACAAGAAGUGACAAUUGCCCGGGCUAUUGAGCUGAAACAUAAUCCUGGUCUAAUAGCAGCCCUGGCCUAUGAAACAGCCAAUUUCUACCAAAAAGCAGAUCAAAUGUUAUCUAGUAUGGAUCCAGCAUAUACAAUGAAAUGGAGAAAAUACCUUCAGUUGAAGUCAUGCUUCUAUAUGGCUUAUGCUUUUUGCUACCAUGGCCAGACCCUCUUGGCCAGUGAUAAAUGUGGAGAAUCUAUUAGGUCUCUACAAGAAGCAGAAAAAUUUUAUGCCAAGGCGGAAAAACUAUGCAAAGAAUAUGGUGAAACCAAAGGGCCAGGGACUACAGCGAAGCCAUCUGGACAUCUUUUCUUUGUGAAAUUAGGAACUGUAGUGAAAAAUGCCUUAGAAAAAUCUCAGCGAGAAAAUGGAUUCAUUUACUUCCAGAAGAUUCCUCCAGAGGCUCCCCAGCUUGAGCUGAAAGCAAACUAUGGUCUAGUUGAGCCAAUUGCUUUUGAAUUUCCGGCUGUGCAUGCUCAGUGGUCCCCAGAAUCCCUUGCUGCAUUUGAUCUCACCAAAAGGCCAAAGGAGGACAGUGCUAAACCAAAGGCAGAGGAAGAAGUGAAACCUAUGAAAGAACCAGAUAUAAAGCCUCAAAAAGACACAGGGUGUCAGAUCUCAUAAGAUCCUCAAUUGCAAAGAACUAUUCCUUGUAAACUGCGUUCUGUAAACUUUAGGGUUAUUAUUGCCUGUCCUGUUUGCUAGUUCUUCUGGCUGCCUUUACUGUAACAAAAUAGAUUCUUUUUCAACUUG